AUGAAAAUUCUAUUUUUUAUUGCUCUCACCGUACUUUCCAUAAAUGCUGUGUCAUUUUACGAUCUUGUCAUGGAAGAAUGGCAGCUUUUCAAGGCUGAACAUAAAAAAAAUUACAACAAUGAUGUUGAAGAAAAAUUCAGAAUGAAAAUUUUUAUGGACAAUAAACAAAAGAUUACAAAACACAACACCAAAUACCAAAGAGGUGAAGUCGGUUAUAAAUUAGGAUUGAACAAAUAUUCUGAUAUGCUUCAUCAUGAAUUCAUAAACACUUUUAAUGGAUUCAACAAAAGUAUUAUUCCACCUCAUCUAAGAUCAAACAAUGGUAAAACUCACCUUAAAGGUUCCUUUUUCAUUCCACCUGCCAAUGUUAAAUUGCCAAAACAUGUUGAUUGGGUUAAAUUAGGAGCUGUUACUCCUGUCAAAGACCAAGGUCAUUGUGGGUCAUGUUGGGCAUUUAGUGCAACGGGAGCAUUGGAAGGAUUACAUUUUAGAAAGACAAAAGUAUUAGUAUCAUUGAGCGAACAAAACUUAAUUGAUUGUUCAACCGAAGAAGGAAACAAUGGUUGUAAUGGUGGUUUAAUGGAUCAAGCUUUUCAAUACGUACGCAUAAAUGGUGGUAUCGAUACGGAAAGAUCUUAUCCAUACGAAGGCAAUAACGACGUGUGCAGAUACGAACCUGAAAAUUCGGGAGCCAUCGACACGGGUUAUACCGACGUUCCUUUAGGAGAUGAAGAUGCUUUAAAAAGUGCCGUCGCAACUGUUGGACCCGUUUCCGUUGCCAUAGAUGCCAGUCAAGAAUCAUUUCAACUUUAUUCAAGCGGCGUUUACUUCGAACCUAAUUGUAAAAACGAACCUGAAAGUUUAGAUCACGGAGUCCUUGUCGUGGGCUACGGAACGGAUGAGGAAACUCAACAAGAUUAUUGGUUGGUGAAAAAUUCAUGGGGUGAUUCAUGGGGUGAAAAUGGUUACAUAAAAAUGGCAAGAAACGCAGACAAUCAAUGCGGUAUCGCAACUCAACCUAGUUUUCCACAAGUUUAA